UUGUUGUUUUGAACCAUCGAGACACCGAAUUAAGAUGACUACCAAAUACUGCCUAGUGUUGCUCUUUGGAGUGGUGCUUCUCAGCACUGCCUCAGUUCUCGCUGAUCAACAUGAUCCUCCCAAACACAAGAACAAACCUCCCAAGGGAGAGAAACCACCACCAAAACACAAGCCACCAACCCUUCUUGAUAAUGAGGAUACAAAGCCAUUCCCAGAGCACAAGCCACCAACCCAUGGUGAAGAACCUCCCAAGGGUAAGGGAAAGGGAGAGAAGCCACCUCCAGAGCACAAGCCACCUCGCGAUCAUCACCCUGGACGACGUCUACUCGACAAGGAAGAGAAGCCAUUCCCAGAGCACAAACCACCAACCCAUGGUGAAGAACCACCCAAGGGGAAGGGAAAGGGAGUGAAGCCACCUCCAGAGCACAAGCCACCUCACGAUCAUCACCCUGGACGACAUCUACUCGACAAGGAAGAGAAGCCAUUCCCAGAGCACAAACCACCAACCCAUGGUGAAGAACCUCCCAAGGGUAAGGGAAAGGGAGAGAAGCCACCUCCAGAGCACAAGCCACCUCACGAUCAUCACCCUGGACGACAUCUACUUGACAAGGAAGAGAAGCCCUUCCCAGAGCACAAACCACCAACCCAUGGUGAAGAACCUCCCAAGGGUAAGGGAAAGGGAGAGAAGCCACCUCCAGAGCACAAGCCACCUCACGAUCAUCACCCUGGACGACAUCUACUUGACAAGGAAGAGAAGCCAUUCCCAGAGCACAAACCACCAACCCAUGGUGAAGAACCUCCCAGGGGUAAGGGAAAGGGAGAGAAGCCACCUCCAGAGCACAAGCCACCUCACGAUCAUCACCCUGGACGACAUCUACUUGACAAGGAAGAGAAGCCAUUCCCAGAGCACAAACCACCAACCCAUGGUGAAGAACCUCCCAAGGGUAAGGGAAAGGGAGAGAAGCCACCUCCAGAGCACAAGCCACCUCACGAUCAUCACCCUGGAGACCAUCUGGUGGAGGACGCAAAAGACUCCCAGAAGUCAACCGAAAAGUUGAAGCCUCCAACCGUUGGAAAGAAGCCGCCGACUCACUCUCACAAGCCACCCCACAAACCUCCAUCUGCAAACUGAUCCCAUGCAUGUGUACAUGCAUAUAAAUAAGAGCUUCAACUUAUGUUAUCUUUCUGGUCGGGCACUGUUCUAUCCAUGAAAGUUGAAAAUAGUAUAGCUACAACUAGUAGUGUUCUACGUAACUAUGUUCAUGCUGUUUACUCGAUCGUCUGGUUUUUGUACUUUGCCUUGUAGUUUAAUUAUGAGCACUGACAUGCAGUUCUGUGCUCCCCUUUGUAAUGAAUUAUCGCUGCUCGCCCGCUACUACUAUCAA